GCUCUGUGUCCUCUGCAACAUUUAUGCUAGCUCAAGUUCUCUUUGCUCUACCUUGUCCUGUGGGUUAACUAACAACGGGAUUCGGAGCAACUUAAAAACCAACUUGAGACUCUACAAUGGCAGCAAUACUCCUCCGGACACUUUUUAAUAAGAAGGCCCCUCUUCAGCUGGGUCGCAUGUGUUACUCCUCCUCCUCAGUGCCCACGACCAAGCUGUUCAUCGAUGGCAAGUUUGUCGAGUCCAACACUUCAGAAUGGCUUGAUAUUCACAACCCUGCCACUAAUGAGGUGGUGGGACGUGUUCCCAAAGCUACAGACUUGGAGAUGCUGGCAGCUGUGGACUCAUGCUCCAGAGCAUUCCAAUCCUGGUCCGAGACUUCCAUCCUCAGCAGACAGCAGAUCUUCCUCCGCUAUCAGCAGCUCAUUAAGGAUAACAUUAAAGAACUGGCUAAACUGAUCACCUUGGAACAGGGCAAAACUCUUGCUGAUGCAGAAGGAGAUGUGUUCAGAGGACUGCAGGUGGUGGAGCAUGCCUGCAGUAUUACAUCCCUCAUGCUUGGGGAGACCCUACCUUCCAUCACCAAAGACAUGGACACAUACACCUACCGGCUGCCCAUCGGUGUGUGUGCCGGCAUCGCCCCUUUUAACUUCCCUGCCAUGAUUCCUCUGUGGAUGUUCCCCAUCGGUAUGGUUUGUGGCAACACGUACCUCAUGAAGCCCUCUGAACGAGUCCCAGGAUGUGCCAUGCUCUUGGCCAAAUUACUCCAAGAUGCUGGGGCACCAGAUGGUACUCUCAACGUCAUACACGGCCAGCAUGCAGCGGUGAAUUUCAUCUGUGACCAUCCAGCCAUCAAAGCCAUCAGCUUUGUGGGCUCCAACCAAGCUGGAGAAUACAUCUACGAGCGGGGUUCCAAGAAUGGCAAAAGAGUGCAGUCCAACAUGGGUGCCAAGAACCAUGGCGUGGUGAUGCCCGAUGCCAACAAAGAAAACACGCUUAACCAGCUGGUAGGGGCUGCCUUUGGAGCAGCCGGCCAGCGCUGCAUGGCCCUGUCUACAGCUAUUUUUGUAGGGGAGUCUCGUGAUUGGCUCCCAGAGCUGGUGGAACGUUCCAAGACACUGCGUGUAAAUGCAGGCGAUCAGCCGGGAGCAGACGUGGGUCCCCUGAUCUCUCCUGAGGCCAAACAAAGAGUGGAGUUCUUGAUCCAGAGUGGGGUAGAUGAAGGUGCCCAGCUGCUGCUGGAUGGGAGAAAUGUUAAUGUCAAAGGAUAUGAGAAUGGAAACUUUGUAGGACCUACCAUCCUAUCCAAAGUCACGCCGGACAUGAAAUGCUACAGGGAGGAGAUCUUCGGCCCAGUGCUUGUCAUCCUGGAGGCUGACACUCUUGACGAAGCGAUCUCUUUAAUCAACAAGAACCAAUACGGCAACGGAACGGCCAUCUUCACCACCAACGGAGCCACAGCCCGCAAAUACACACAUGAGGUGGAUGUAGGCCAGAUCGGCGUGAAUGUCCCCAUCCCCGUCCCCCUCCCCAUGUUCUCCUUCACUGGCUCUAGAGGCUCAUUCAGAGGAGACACCAACUUUUAUGGCAAGCAGGGCAUCCAGUUCUACACUCAGAUUAAGACCGUAACAUCACAAUGGAAGGCUGAGGAUGCCACCGUGACCAGCCCAGCCGUUACUAUGCCAACCAUGGGACGUUAAAUUGACAGCACAUACCUUCAUUGACUCUUUAUAUGCCUUAAGAAAAGAGCCCAAGGAGGUGACAUGUCCUUUUACAGUUGAGGAAUAUACUACACACUGGGGAUUAUUAGUUGCUGACUGAAGUUUGACCAUCCUGGACACUGUUUUGCACAAACACAAAUGACAUCCUUUAAGACAUGGGGACUGUGAGCUAGAUUGUUUGGGUGAAUGGUGCUGUGUGUUUUAAUGUGUGUAGUUUUUUUUUUCCAGGUUUUCAUUAAUUUCUGGCACUUACUGGAUUAACUAUUCAUCACGGUUAAUCAUUUCAUAAUCCAUCGCGUGAUUUGUCAUGAUACUUUUGAAAAUGUACAUGUGAAUCAAAAGGAUCAGGGAUUCUGCCUCAAAAAGCAGUGAGUAAAUGUCUUCCACCAGUAUUUUUUUAACGUCGCGUUUACUUUUUCCAGUCUAGGAGAACAUUAGGAAACCUGUGAAAGUGGGAUAUAACUGAAACGAAUUGUACUGUAGAAUAUGUAUCCUUCCACUCUGUGUCACUCCAUUAAAAUGUCUCUGUUACUAGUUUCAGCUCUGUUUCAUAUCCUGUGUGGUUCAGGUUUGGGCUUACUGUGUCUACUGUGUCAGAUAGAGGUCCUGUUUUCUACUGUAUUAGCACUAGAACAAACGUUUGGUCUUGUAUUGAACUUAAAUUGCGGUGUUGGAUGUGUCAUUAAACUGACGGUACCAACAAAAAUGAGAUCAAAUUAGGAGGAAAGUUGUGGUACUUGUGUACUUUAUUCAAGGUAUUUAAGCUACUUGAACUCCAAACUCGACUCUUCUCUUUGCUCUUGUGGCUGAACUAUAGAUUCCUUGUUGCAAUGAAGACACUGUACUUGGACUUUAAUUCUGCUUCCAUUGUGUUCAUCAGGUAUUAUUAUGGAGUGCAGAAAAUGCACAUUCAAACAAAACCCAAUAAAGUUCAGAGAUAAAAGUG